AUUAACGUCUGCCGUUUUGAAUUUUUUUGCUUUGCGCUUCCAUACGCGCCUGCGCAGUAACAAGUUUUUGUCAGUCGAUAACUACAGUCGUAGAUAACGUUCCAACACGAAACGUACCUAUAUAAAAAUGAUAUCUACAUAUACUUUGACAAAAUCUACAUUGUCAUAAUUUAGUUUUUAACAGACAAGUUAUUUUAUUGUAUGUGUUCGUCACGUGUGCAGGAAGUUACGUAAUAACCCGGAAAUGAAUACUGAAGGCGGGUGGUUUCAAAAUUGUUUGGUUGCUAGCGUUGAAUGUUGAUGCGUCAAAUACUGUAUAUUGGUGUCCAAGGAGAGACAUGUCUUCAAAAAUUCCCAAAGGCAUUCAUUUGCCAACAGAGAGGAAGAAAACUAGCAUCAGGACGGAGUCUAAAGACACAGGAAUCGCGGCACAUAAAUCAGACCUAAAAUCUCAAAAAGAAAACAUACACAGGAAAGGUCAUUCUCCAAAAGUUUACAAAGGUGUCUCCACCCGGUUUGGACAACGGGCAGAGCUGGAGGAGCAAAAUCAACAAUUAAUGACUGCCAAUCAGCAGCUGCAGAGUAACCUCACAGAAGCACAGCAAAGAGCGGCUGAACUAGAGCUGCAGUUCAAUGAGCUUACAAAGGAAAACACACAUGUGCAGAAAAACCUCAAAGAUUGCCACAUGUUGUUAGUGGCUGCAAAAAUAGACCCAGUUUUAGGAGGAAAGGUUGGAGAAGCAGCGAGAAAAAGUGAAGGUGAACGAAAAGAAGCGUUGAGUGUCUCCUCAGACCUGCUGAAUGAACUGAAGGCAUUUAGUGACACUGCAUCUCAACAACGUGCUCAGCUGGAGGAAAUUCAAACAAUGAUGUCACACCUUAAAGACACCAGACAACGUGUGAUGCAGGAAAGAGAGAGCUUCACCCAGGAGGCAGCAGAAAUUGAAAAAGCUCUGGAAGAAGCUGAUGCUCUCCUACUGUAAAAAUAAAAUAAAUAAACCAUGUCAUAAACCUCUUGUAUUUUCUGUUACAUGUUAUAUUUGUAAUUUUUAAUGAAUAAAGAUUUCAUAUGCACU